AUGGAUUGGUGCUGCUUCCUGUUCUUCUUUCACUCUUUGGACCCAUACCCUGAGGUUUCUCCAGCCAGUGGACGAAACAGAUUACCUACUCCAUCUUCUGAGCCACCCCUUAGCAUCGUGAGGUUUGCACUGCCACCCGGGCACACAAACAAUGGGUCAGAUUCCUCUGAUUCUAAGUACAGCUCUCAAACUUCAGUGUCAGGCAUCAGUGAAGAGCUCCAUCAGUAUGAGGCUACUCAAGGCUCUGGGGCACCAGUCCAUCAAGUAAUAGUGGAAGCCACUGAGAAUCCUGUCUUUGCAAGAUCCACUGUGGUUCAGCCAGAGACAAGGUAUCAGUCGAAUCCCAGAUUGCAAUCAAAUCCAGAGGCUGGCACUCAGCAGGCAUGGCAUCAGGGCAGACAACCAAAAUGGGAAACAACAGAAGGGCUGUGGCCACAUCCUUACUGUCCUUGCAGGGACACUUUUGAAAUUUCUGCUGAAUGGCAUUCAGGACCUAGCAAUAGAGGUUGCUUGGGCCACAAGGCUCAUUCUCAUAACAUGAGAAGCCCAGUGUUUGGUGCCAUGAGUGCCUCAGGACCAGCCUACUGCCAGCCUAUCACUACUGUGACUGCCUCAGCUUCAGUGACUGUUGCUGUCCACUCUGUCAUGCACAACCACAACUCUUGGAGAGGGAGCUUUCUGUCCUACAAGGGAUACUAUGAAGCUGAUCAUGGGCCAUUUGAGGACCCCCACAUGCCUUUUGAUGUGUGGUAUGAAAGAAGAAAUUCUAAAGUAGAAGUUAUAAAACUGCAAUAUGUUGAAUGUGAAGAAAGGAUACCUGGCAGCAACUCAGAAUAAGGUAGAUCUGUCUCCUGUAGCCAGUAGAUUUGCCUGUCUUGGAAGAUAAGAAUUCUCUGAAGUACCUUUCCUUCAGGUAGGUUUACUUCUUAGUCCCUGAUCAUCUGGAAUCUUCUGACCAUGAAUAUAGUACGUUUUGUACUAGAAGUCAGGUUGGACAAGAUAGUGCUUUCCAAUGCUAAGAAGUUACAAUGAUCCAAACAUAAACUACUCCAAGAGCCUUGCAAAGUGGGUGAGUACAUAUUAUGAUCCCAAUUUACCAGAAGAGGAAAAUGAAGCAAAGAUGUUAUGUAGCCCAUUCAAAGCUAUGUGAUUGCAUUUCCUGUUGAUAGAUAAUAGAAUCACAGAAUGGUUUGGGUUGGAAAGGACCUUUAAAGAUCAUCUAGUUCCAACCCCCCUGCCAUGGGCAGGAACAUCUUUCACUAGAUCAGGUUGCUCAAAGCCCAUUCCAACCUGACCUUGAACACUUCCAAUGAUGGGGCAUCCACAACUUCUCUGGGCAACCUGUUCCAGUGUCUCACCACCCUCA